AACAAAAAGUCAGAUGAAUGAGAGAAUAAGAGCAAAGCAAAAACAAGAGCCUCUUCUUGCUUUCUUCCCUCUUCCUUCCUGACCUCCUUCUCUCUCUUUAAUGAUCCUUUUUCGCCCCUUCCUUUCUCGUCUCCUGUAUUCCCUCAGCGUGAUUCUCCACCAUCUCCAAAGACCCGUCCAACUUUAUAAAAGAAAAUAACAUUAAAAGAUAACGGACACCAUGGUUUUCUCUUCUAUUCCAGUCUAUUUAGAUCCUCCCAAUUGGCAGCAGCAACAAGAUUAUCAUCAAACAAAUGAGACAAGCGAGCUUCCACCCCUGCCUCCACAAGCCCCUCAUAUGGGCUCAAUCAGGCCUGGAUCGAUGGCUGAUAGAGCCCGGCUAGCCAAGAUACCGCCACCGGAGGCAGCUCUGAAGUGUCCUCGCUGCGAAUCUACCAACACAAAAUUCUGCUACUUCAACAACUACAGCCUGUCUCAGCCUAGGCACUUCUGCAAGACCUGUCGGCGUUACUGGACAAGAGGCGGCGCUCUCAGGAACGUUCCGGUGGGCGGAGGAUGCCGCAGAAACAAGAAGACCAAGGGAAGCCGCUCCAAGUCUCCUGCAGUCUCCGACAAACAGCCACUGUCGUCCGAUCCCUCGGGCGGGGCCGCAGCCUCCGAGCUGAUCGGUCAAUUGCCGCCCCACGCAUCUAAUUUACCUUUCAUGGCUUCGUUACAGAAUCUGAGCCGCUGUGGCGUGGGAAGCAUGGGCCUCAACUUGCAAGGGCAGAGCGAUCACCACAUUUUUCCCAUAGGACUUAAUGGAAGUAAUAUUUCAAGCGUAGGAGUGGACCAGUGGCGGCUACAGCAGUUUCCUUUCUUGAAUGGUUUUGAUCAGUCAAGUUCAGCUGCAAACCCAUUCCAAAGCCAAGUUGGGGGUUCUAGGGUUACACAGCUGCCUCCAGUUAAAUUGGAAGACAGUGGAGCCUUAAACUUGUCUAGGUCACAAGCUCCGAGCACGUCGGAAAAUAACAACCAAUACUAUUCAUGGACUCCUACCACAGAUAAUAUAUCUGGUCUUGCCUCCUCUUCCACGACCCAUGUCUUGUAACUUCCACAUCAAUUAAUUAUUGCACCACCAUGUUUAAUGCAUUGGAGAAAUUCAAGUUCCCAGAUGAUGUACAUGCUCCACCAAACUUCCUAGGUCUGUUCCCAGAUAUGGUCAGAAUUCGACACACACACACACACACACACACGCACACGUCUUGUUGCCUUUGUUUAUGUUCCGGAUCGUGUCUCGUGUACUAUACGGGCUUGAUUUGUUUAACUGUGUGUGCCUGUACGAUGUAAUGUUUUCUGUUUGCUAUCUGGCGUUAUGACCUCGCCUGAAUACAGAAUCUUCCGAUCGAGGUUACCUUGGUAUCCAUUUCUAGCUAGACAUGCCCCACACGUGCUGCUUCGCCUGCAUUUGUCGCCCACAGGUGACACGUCCUUCGGUACAGAAUAGAAAACUGAUACUGAUAAUAAAGAAUGUGCCCCUCCUCGUUAGCUUUAUGCCAGGCAGUGUAUCUCGGGAUAGUUGUUGGGACUUUAAGAUUUAGUAAGUUUAUGAUAUAUAUUUAUUUAUCCAGUUAAUCUUUACAUCUUCUAUAUACAAGUUCAUACUCCUCAUGCAAAGCCCUAUGCUUGGUUUGAAUA